GUGCGGGUGCGGGCGGCCCUCGGAGCACCGUGACUGGCAUGAAGCGUAAAGGCGGGCGCGGGUUUCGCCGCGGCCCCGGGGCUGGCGGGAAAGGGCCCCUCAAACGGCUUAAAUUAGCGGUGGAGGGGUUCGUACAGGCCACCUCCGAGGGAGACGCUCCUGGCGCCUUCCAGGGCCGCGCUGGUGCCGGAGUGGGUUCCCGCCGCAACGGAAAGAAAAGCCGCAAGGAGCUGAAAAAGGAGAAACGACACCUUAAGAAAGUUCGCCGCCUGCAGAGGACGGGAGGCGCCGCCCAGGGUCCGCGAGAUGAGGAGGAGGAAAGCGCCCGCCGUCCCACCGGGAAGGACCCCUCGUCCCCCAGGCAGCCGCCCUCGGCCCAGAAGACCAGGAGUGCCCCGGCCCCCAACAAGGCUCCAUCUGGGCAUCCCAGACCCCCGACCCCCAGCAAGGCUGCUCCUGGGCAGCCCGGACCCCCGGCUCCCAAAAAGGCUGCUCCUGGGCAGCCCGGACCCCCGGCCCCCAAAAAGGCUGCUCCUGGGCAGCCCGGACCCCCGGCCCCCAAAAAGUCUGCUCCUGGGCAGCCCGGAUCCCCGGCAGCUGCCGAAGCUGCCGCCCGGAAAAGGGCCCUUCUCGCGGCCAACGAGGAGGAGGACCGAGAGAUCCGAAAGCUGGAGCGCUGUCUCGGCUUGAACAAGCGUAAGAAGAAAGGGGACGGCAGCCCCGUCCCGCUCAGCUUCGCCCGCGACGGCCUGGACUACAUCCUGGGAGCCCUGGGGUCUGGGAAGAGCAGCAGCGGCUUGUACGAAAGCAGUGAGGAGGAGGAGGAGGAGGACUCGGCGGACACACCCCCCGACAGUGACUUAGGGAGUGACUCGGAGGACUCUAGUGAGGGAGAGGAGGAAGAUGGGGACGAGGAGGAAGAUGGAGACGAGGAGGAAGAGGGGUUGAGGGCAGCAGGUGAGGGCGUGCAGAGUGAGGAUGAAGAUGAGGAUGGACCACGGGGAGACGUGGAAGCCACGAGGAAGACUCAGGAGAAAAGGGGGAGAAAGAGAGUCCGAUUUGCACAAGAUGCAGAAGAGAGUCCUCCAAGGUCUUCAGAAGAUGGUGAUCCACCGGAUGAGAGUCUUGCUGAAAGCGCCGAGAAGUACAUGCCGCCCCACGUGCGGCGAGCCGAGGAGCCGGUGGAUGUCCCGAAGAAGGAGGAGCUAGAAAGGCUCAGGAAGCAAGUGAAGGGUCUGGUGAACAGGUUGAGCGAACCAAACAUGGCGUCCAUCAGCAGCCAGCUGGAGGAGCUGUACAUGACCCACAGCAGGAAGGACAUGAAUGACACCCUGACUGCCACCCUCAUGGAUGCCUGUGUCACUGGCUCAGCUAUGCCCAGCCGCCUGAUGAUGGAGCACAUUCUCUUGGUCAGCAUUCUUCACCACACUGUGGGAAUCGAGGUCGGCGCUCACUUUCUGGAGGCCGUGGUGAGGAAGUUUGAUGCCAUGUACAGAAAUGGAAGUGAAGGGAAAGAAUGUGAUAACCUGUUCACCAUCAUCGCCCAUUUGUACAACUUCCACGUGGUGCAAUCUCUACUCAUCUUUGACAUUUUGAAGAAGCUUAUUGGAACUUUCACAGAAAAAGAUAUUGAACUAAUCCUGUUAAUGCUGAAGAACGUGGGCUUUUCCCUGAGGAAGGAUGACGCCUUGUCGCUGAAGGAGCUCAUCACCGAGGCCCAGACCAAAGCCAGCGGGGCAGGCGACAGGUUUCAGGACCAGACUCGGAUUCGGUUCAUGCUGGAAACGAUGUUGGCGCUGAAGAACAAUGACAUGCGCAAAAUUCCAGGCUACGAUCCCGAGCCAGUGGAGAAACUGAGGAAGUUACAGAGAGCUCUGGUCCGCCACGCUGGGUCAGGGGCAGAGACUCGGCUUCGCAUCUCCUGGGACAGCGUCUUGAAUGCUGAGCAGACAGGUCGCUGGUGGAUUGUGGGCUCUGCAUGGAGUGGGGCCCCAAUGAUUGACAACAGUCAGCAGUCAAAUCCACAGAAACAGCAUCCAGGGACGGUUAGUUCAAAGAUGCUAGAACUUGCCCGGAAACAGCGGAUGAACACCGACAUCAGGAGGAACAUAUUCUGUACGAUAGUGACCAGCGAGGAUUUCCUGGAUGCCUUUGAAAAGCUCCUAAAGCUUGGACUGAAGGAUCAGCAGGAGAGAGAAAUAAUCCACGUCCUUCUGCACUGUUGCCUUCAGGAAAAAACUUACAAUCCCUUCUACGCAUUCCUGGCCAGCAAGUUCUGUGAAUAUGAAAGGAGGUUUCAGAUGACUUUCCAGUUCAGCAUUUGGGACAAAUUCCGGGACUUAGAAAAUCUGCCAGCCACUAAUUUCUCUAAUUUGGUUCACCUGGUAGCUCACUUGUUGAAGACAAAAGCACUUCCACUUUCCAUUUUAAAGGUAGUUGAAUUCAGUGAAUUGGACAAACCCAGAGUCCAUUUUUUGCGGAAAGUGUUGAAUAUUCUGUUAGUGGAAACAGAAGCGGAAGACCUUGGUUUAAUAUUUACAAGGGUGUCUGACAACCCCAAGCUGGGCAUGCUACGGGAAGGCCUGAAGCUGUUCAUCAGCCACUUCCUACUGAAGAACGCGCAGGCGCACAGCAGUGCCGAGGAAGCCAGCCUGCUGCGGGAGAGAGCUGAUCUUGCCACCAGGUCGCUGCAGGGGAAGGCGGCCCUGCGGAUGUAGCCGGGAGCAGUGGAGGGCAGCGCCUGGACUGCACGGUGGUCUGCCGCCUGUGUGAGAACUCUGUCAGCUCUAAUGUAUUUAUUUAUUUAUUUCACUGCAUUUGAAAAGUGGAGAU